GCGGGGCUCCCCUUGGGGCCUCCGGCAGCGCCCAGGCCUGGGGGCGGGCUGAGGUGAGGCCUGGCCCUCUGGCCUAGGGAUGGUGGUUCGGUGGCUGUACGUGGCCGGUGAGGAGGUGGGAAAGCGAAAGGAGGCUGGAGAAAGAACCACUUACGGUUGUCGGAGGAGGUUGUCGUCCUGUUCUAAACCAAACGCCCCUCUGCUCCCAACAUCUGGUCAGUGGCUGGUAGGUUUUUGCAUCGGCUGGGGCACAGGCUGCUCUUGGAACCCAGGCCAUGACCAGCAGAGGAGCUGCCAGGCCGAACGGUCAGUCGCAAGCCAGCAAGAUCUGUCAGUUCAAGUUAGUCCUGCUGGGCGAGUCAGCGGUCGGCAAGUCCAGCCUGGUGCUGCGUUUCGUCAAGGGUCAAUUCCACGAGUACCAGGAGAGCACCAUAGGUGCGGCUUUCCUCACACAGUCUGUCUGCCUAGAUGACACAACGGUAAAGUUUGAGAUCUGGGACACAGCUGGCCAGGAAAGAUACCACAGUUUGGCCCCGAUGUACUACCGAGGGGCUCAAGCUGCCAUUGUGGUGUAUGACAUAACCAACCAGGAAACGUUUGCACGGGCAAAGACAUGGGUGAAAGAACUCCAGCGGCAAGCUAGUCCCAACAUUGUUAUAGCCUUAGCAGGAAAUAAGGCUGAUCUUGCCAAUAAGCGCAUGGUAGAAUAUGAAGAGGCCCAGGCCUAUGCAGAUGACAACAGCCUAUUGUUUAUGGAGACAUCCGCCAAGACAGCAAUGAAUGUUAACGAUCUCUUCCUGGCGAUAGCUAAGAAGCUGCCAAAGAGUGAGCCCCAGACCGCAGGUGGUGCCGUCGGUCGGAAUCGAGGCGUGGACCUUCACGAGCAGUCUCAGCAGAACAAGAGCCAGUGUUGUAGCAACUAAACGGUGGCAUUAAAAGCAGCCAGCGAGAGAUAAGAUCUAGCCUCCAUUCCCACCCCACCCCACCACACCUCACCUCCAGUAACGGCAUCGGCCCUCUUGGAAGCCGGCCCCCUUCCUUCUCCCGAGAGCUCCGUUUAACUGCACUUCUAAUGCUUCAGAAACCACCACCAGACGCCUGUUACCACCACCACCACAGAAAAGUGGAGAUAGACCGACCGGGGACUUAACUUCCAAAAACAAAACAAAACUCUUCUUCACUUUGUAUUAUAGGUGCAAAUAGCUGCCUACUUACUUGGAUUCUCCUACUCUGUUUUCUCCCAGAUAAUAUUCCUCUUUUGUCUCCCCUGCCCCCUUUGCUCUGAUAAAAUGUUUUCUCAGCCCAGAACCUUCCCUCUCCACCUCUCCCUUCCUUUCCUUUGUUCAGUGCUAUGGGGGAGGGUCACAGGUGAGGAGAAACUUAAUUCUUGUAGAUUUAUUUUUAAGAGCAAGGUUAAUGGGUUUCCUCCGAAAAUGCUUUUGGGGGAGGUCCCCUCAGAGUUCAUUUUUAUUUCAUGUUUUCACUGUUCUGAAAAGCUGCAGUGUCCUUAAGUGUCUUUCUUUUCCAGGUCAGCCAUUUGUAGCUGAGUUGGAGAGGGAGAUUUUUAUCUGAACUCUCGCUGUGACGUGAAUGUGGCCCUAGCACUCAGCGGUGUGAUCAGGAGAGUCAGUGUGUUUGAGUACGGAAUAUGAACCAACUUUCCCAAACCCUUCGAUUGCGCUUGAUUGAUGCCUUAGAAGUUUCUUUGGACAGGGCAGCCGAGGGAGGUGAAACUCGUUUGUGGAGCGUCAGGAUUGACCUGCAAAGCUUAAAGUCCCAAGACAAGAGGCGGCUACUGUGUGUCUUCUCUCCUGUUGGCAUCCAGGUUGUUUGUCUCCAGCAUGCAUUUCAGUUAUUAGACAGCCCCAUUAGGGAUAUUCUUUCGUUCUCAAAGUUGGUAGGAGCAGCUGGCUGAAGAACGGAUGUGCAAACUCUUUGUUCCCUUGGGAGAAGUCGAGAGGUUUCCUUUAAUCGGCUCUACUUGCUCAGCCUUCACCUGGCUGUAACAAUUGUAUGCACAGUAUUGUCCAUUAAUACAAUUUUGUUCUAAGUUGCCAAAAGGAGGAGGAUCCUGGCGUCAUUUUGCGGAGCUAGGAGAAGCCUUUUCCUUACGGUAGAGAUUAGUGCAGGCCUCACCAAAGGUUUUGGUGAAUGGGACAUGGGAGAGGGAGAAACAAGACAGCAUGCUGAACGGAGAAGAGAGGCUGGUAGAACCAGUACUGUAUUUUCUGUAUCUGUCUCCCUGCCAGGGAGCACCCAGCUUGCCUUGCGAUUUCUCCCUGCCAAAUAUCCUUGUGUACAAAUCAGUCUUACCCUACGUAACAGUGUUGAGAGGUAGCAGUCUGGAUUGGUGGAGCCAUUCAGUCUUUGCCUGUCCAGACUCAAAGGGCUGUCUAAACUUGAACAGACUGUUUCAGUUAAACUUACUCAGCCCUGUUGUGCUCAAAGGGCUGUCUAAACUUGAACAGACUGUUUCAGUUAAACUUACUCAGCCCUGUUGUGCUCUUUUUCCUUUGUAAAUAGUACAGCACAAAUUUAUAUGUAAAAAUUCUAGGGCAGGGCAUGGAGGGUAAGAAGUGAGGAAUUUUUAUUCCCCAGCUAUUAGCUAAGCAAAGUAAUAGCUUUUAAAUGUUCGCUGUAAAUACAGCUGAUCGGCAGGGCUGCGGGUGCUACUUUCUCUCACCUGCCUCUUCCUCUUUGGGCAGCUUGGCAGUCUGGUUCUUCUAACAGUGACCUUCACAGGUUUAAUAGCCCAACCCCUCUUUGGUGUGUUCUGGUGAAACAAACUUUCUCACACUUGUCUGUCCCUGUAGUUAAGUUCUGAUUUGACACCAUCUGGGCCGGAUCAUGCUCACAAACAUGUACACACCCCUUCUUCGCUCCUUCUCCCUAGACAGGGUUUUAAACACACCGAUUUUACACACGAUUUACACUUUUACACUUAACAGUUUUGCCCUCUCUUCCUGUCGGUGCCCGUUCACCUGCGCACUUGGUCCCCAUCCAAGCAACAUGCACACAUUUCAAGCUUGCUUCUGCCUGGCUGCCCUUGGGAACUAUCAAUUCUUGCUCUGCUGUAGGUUUGAGGAGUGAUGUAACGUUCUUUUGAAAUGGCAUUCUGGUAGUGGCUGUAUUAAACAAGAAGUAUCUACGGGAGGAGCUGGACUAACUUGCCUGCUCAAGGCUGUAACAAGAAUAUUCAAAAGCUGACUUCAGGAAAUAGGCGCUCUGCUUCCCCCCCCCCCCCCCCCGUAUAUAACAUAUUAACAGAGUUGAUUCUGGAGUCGUCAGCUGGCUCCUUGUCACGAUGCUUCAUACAAUGUAUGGUGCUGUGGGUGGUGGCAGAGACUAGUCACGCAGUUCUGCACACAGCUUGUCCAGUCUAAGCCCAUUGAAAUCAACGGGCUUAGACUGGAGUAAGUAUGAAUGGGGUUGUACAUCAUGACAGUAUUUUUCCAGAUGUUUGUUUCCAGUGCCACACCUCAAGUCGACUCGUAGCGCAGAGCGCUGGGGGAGAAUCCGGACAUGGAAUCUCGCACCUUCAGUUGCGUUAACGGACACGUCUUGUUAAGCAUACAUAAUAUGAUGUAGCCACCGAGGAGGAUCUAGAAGUGGGAAAUAAGCAUGACCUCUUGCACCCCAACAAAGCCAGGGAUAUUUUGUGCUCAGCUCAUGGCCAAGCAAAACUAGGCCCUGUAAUUAAAACACGCUUGUUUUUCAGUUAAUGCUUACCAACUUUUUAUUUCUGCUUUCUGGCUAGAUCCUGGACCAAGUUAGGACACUGCAGCUUUUUCUUAAGUUUUCUUCUGCUUACUCUUCUGAUCAGUUUUUUUUUCUUUUGAGAAAGCUCUUACAUUGCAUUCAAAAUAACAAUCAUGGUAACAGAAUUCAACUGCUGAUUUACCAGUGUAUUUAAUGUAAGUAAACAAAACAAAAAAAUCAGUGUAUUAGAUGGAA